UUCUGUCGCGGACGCAGAAGUGGGACCGACAUAUGACGACAUCCGUAAAGGAAACACUAUGGCCGCCUCUAUGAGUAAACCUGCCUCCAACGGUCGUCUGGAGGAGAUGUUCUCUGAAGCGCCGCAGCAAAUCAAAGAACACGACGGGCAGAAAAUCACCGUGAUGGUGGCAAAGACAAAACUCCAAGACGAGAAGAAAGGAGGGUAUGGAAUGUGGGUUUGGCAAAGCAGGCAAAAUAAUUAUGGGGAGAAUGAGACACGUCACUUCUGUGAGGUUUUAAAACCGUCUCCACAAAGAUUGUCAUCGCAGUGUCACGUUAAGUUGUAUUGGAUUGAGGGAGUGUCGUAGAAAGUGAACGACUCUGCUUUAAGGCAAACCAGUUGUCCCGCUGCUAUGCUGUCCAGAGCAGCGAUAAUGAGCGGAAUAUCUGCUCAGAGCAUCACUAAGAGCAUUACCUUCUAUGUGAACGAGUGUGUGACGAGCCCUGGAGCUGCUGCGUCCCACCAGCAGCCCAGACCGCUCUUACUGCUCUUCCCUUGGCUGGGAUCAAGGCCCCACGCCGUAGCCAAGUACUGCGAGAUCUAUUUUCGAACUGGUUUUGACGUGUUGGUGGUGGAGAGUGGAAUCAGUCAUUUUCUGUGGCCACGUUGGGGUCUGGAGUACGGAGCGGAGGUACUGGAGGUCCUGCAGAGUGAACGCUUUGCACAGCGCCCCCUGCUGGUUCACGCUUUCUCCAUCGGCGGUUACACCUUUACUCAAGUUCUCGUCCAUGUGUCCAAAGACACCCAGAGAUAUCAGAGUCUGACCAGCAGAAUCCGAGGACACAUCUAUGACAGCUUGGUCAUGGGCUCUCUGGAGCGGAUGGCUAUUGGAAUCAGUAAAAACCUAUUUUCUCGCUGGGAGUGGAUAGUGAAACAGGUCAGCCUGCUCUAUUUCCGAACGUUUAAACGCCAAACUGUUGACUACUACAACACGGCCAUCAACAUCUUCUGGAACACUCCUGUGACAGCGCCUGCCUUGUUCUUAUUCUGUGAAAAUGAUGCCCUUUGUGAUCCACAGAGCAUGGAGGAGUUGAUUGACUUCUGGAGAGGACAGGGCAUACCUGUAGAGAGUAAGAAGUGGGCGGAGUCUAUCCAUGCGGGUCAUCUCAGAGCCCACCCCCAAGAGUACCUGUCCACUGUUGAGAACUUCCUGCUCUCUCUCAACAUGGUUCCUGUAAGGGACAUAAUGUGAACACACACUGUCCCUUGCUUAAAGCCACUGAUCUCACACAGAAACUGUAAUGGACUUCAUAGCAACGUGUGGCCUUCCUUAGUUAAAACUAAGAUCUUUUUUGGUUACUGAUACCAUAAUAAGACAUAAGUACUUAACUAACUAACUAUUUAUG